GUGGCGCUGCGGAGCUUUUGUGAAACUCGUCACAAGAUCUUGUGAAGUGAAACAGUCCGAGUCUGUGUUGGUGCCAGUGAGGCGGCAGCUGCAGCGUUACUCUCUUCUGAUCCCGCCACGAUGUGCGAGUCACUGGUGGUUUGUGAGGUGGAUGCCGACCUGGUGGAAAAGCUGAAGAAGUUCCGCUUUCGGAAGGAGAACAACAACGCCGCCAUCGUCAUGAAGAUCGACAAAAAGCGGCAGCUGGUCAUUCUGGAGGAGGAGUACGAGGACCUUUCCCCCGAUGAGCUCAAGGAUGAACUUCCGGAGAGACAGCCACGAUUUGUUGUCUACAGCUACAAGUACGAACACUCGGACGGACGCAUUUCCUACCCGCUGUGCUUCAUCUUCUCCAGCCCAGUUGGUGAGAACACGUUGCCACAUGGAGCAGCAGAUAAUGUACGCGGGAAGCAAAAACAAACUGGUGCAUACCGUGGGACUGACCAAGGUGUUUGAGAUCCGAAACACGGAGGACCUGACAGAAGAGUGGCUCAAGAGCAAGCUGGGCUUCUUCAGCUAAAUCCAUCCGGUCAAGCCGUCGCUCCUCGGUCAAUGUGUCUGCUCCUCUUUGUGCCCGACCUCGGUCCAUCAGUGUGUUUGUGGUCAGUUUCAUGCUUCUGCUGCUGUCGAUGGGUUCAGACAAUCGCAGAGGUGUCAGCUGGUCGCCCCUCUACGACCUCUCCACGUGCCGGCCUCGUGUCUGCUGCGUUAACACUCCUGUAGCUUCUAACUGGACAAGUGCUGGUCUCUUACUGACUCCCUCUUAUUCUGUAGCUUAUUCUUUUAGCGCCAAAAACAAACAUCCUGCCGCACCUCCAGUCUGAGGUUUCUUGUCAGUGUUUCUCACAUUUCUAACCACUCCACUCUGCCUGGGACGUCACCACUGAAAGGAUUCCAGCUCCAUGCGAUGAGCUGCCAGCAGCUUCCAAGUCGAGCAGAGAUUUGCGGACUGAAGUCAUGUUUGUGCGUCUGUUUUGGGAAGAAACAUGGGAUUUGUGUGUCUCUGCAUUUGACUUGUGUGUCUCGUUGACAAGCUCACCGCUGGGAUGCAGGUUUGAGCGGGAAAGCUGUCCAGACUUAUUAGUGUUGGUGGGUGUUGUGCUGUCGAGCAUUGGGAUCACUGUCCGUGUAACUGUGUUUGAAUGUCCUGGCAGAUCAGUUUUCUCUUUUGAAUGUGCAGCCAUUUCCUCGGAUAACUAACCAAUGUUUACAACUCAAACUGCCUUUGAAUUGACCCACUUCUUCUGAACACCACAUGUCGUGGUAGUGAAGGAAAACAAAACCUUACAGCCCAGUAUUAUCAACUGGUCGACCCUCAAACAGUCGUCGGUCACUUCACGUCACGAUUGACCUGAAAUAUUGCGAAAAGUCGAAAAAAAAAAUAGUGCCCACCGUAUUGACACAGAGGGGAAGGUAAUGAAUGUUAAGUGGCAGAAAUGGGUUUGUCCUCUGCCCCAGUUCCUCCCAUGCCUCUUCAUAUAACUGUGUCAUGUAUGAGAUGAUGCUCUCCGACUGACCCUGAAAAUUCCCAAAAUAUGAAUGAAAACAACCGCAUUGGCACAGUCACUACUUAUUUGAACCGAUUGACUGCACAUUGCCGCUUACAAACACCUGCUGUCUGAUCAUUUUUUAACCCAUUUAAUUGGUCUCUAACACAUCAAUAUGUCAAUACUGCUUGGAUUUAAAUGACAAUUUAGAAUGGAAUCCUCUCAGAUUUGUGGGACUCAAGUUGUCAAACUCACUCCGCAGUGUUUACAGAAAUGAUCUGUGGAAUGAGCACAGGCGUGGAGCAGUCUCAUGGCUUAGUCACGUGAUGUGUGACAUCAUACCUCCAAGUCUGCCGAUAGCAAUGGCUUGUCUUAACACUUGUUUUGAAAUGGAAAAUCCUCAUGUUUUUCUCAUCGUCGCAGAGGUGUUCAGGCGCGCAGUGACAACAUUUCACCAAGGGACUUUGUGCAGAUAAAAAAGGCCCAUGUUUAGUCGAUGAAUUGUGGUUUUGAUAAGUUCUUAUCUUGGACCAGCGCGGACUUCAGGAUGCCACUUCUUGUCGCCCACUGAUGUUGGCCAGUAUUUUUGCUGCUGUACCAGAAAACUUGUGAAGCUGUUGCUUAAUGAUCGACUAGAAGUUGUACUCGGUGAUGUUUUAACCUCUUUAGACCACAGACUUUAACCUCUCAUGGCUAAAGUUGGAACAUCUGGAACAUGUGCAAUGGACUCUGCUCCAAAAUAUUUAAAAAGAAAUUCCAUGAAACCUCAAGUGUGGAGUUCUGCUGUGCUUGCUCUGUCGUGGUGAACGCGCCUCCGUCUCAUCAGCUGCUCUCUUGCAUGCUUCCUAUCAAUUCCACCCUUUAAAUUGAAGCACAGUUUGGAUGUUGUAAAACACUUGUCUUUGAUCUGAGGGAUGUAUUCGGUUUCGUUCUGAGGAAUUGGAAAACCUUUGCCUCCAAUGUCCCACGAUGGCCUCAUGGGUGUUUUUUAUUCCAGCUUGUGAAUGUGUCCUGCUUUUGAUGUCGAUAUGGUGACCAAGUCUCAAACCUUUCUAAAGAACCACACCUGGAACAUGACCAGCUGCCUCCUGGCAUUGGUGUCAACUCUUGCCAUGAUCUUUCUAUUUUCCAUAUUUUAUAAAGAUGUUUACUGUCUCCUGUGGUCCAAAUAAAAUGUCAGUGAUGUUG